AUGACGCAGACACAAGGGUACACACAAAGGAACACAGAGGAGGAACAAGUGGUAGCCAGCCUGUUGUUCCCAAGACUUGGUGUGUUCUUGGUGUACCUGUGGAGGCGGUGUCAGCCAUCCAGUGUAGUCUCCGUGUCAGCUCCCCUUGGUCUGGCACUGAAGCAGAAUAGCCUUGUACUUCCUUUAUUUGCCCUUGUGUCUGUUGUGACUUGGCACCCCUCUGGAUCAUGUUCACACAUCCCAGCACAUCCCAGCACAGUCCCAGCACAUCCCAACACAUCCCAGCAGAGUCCAGCACAUCCCAGCACAUCCCAUCACAGUCCCAGCACAUCCCAGCACAUUCCAACACAGUCCCAGCACAUUCCAACACAGUCCCAGCACAUCCCAGCACAGCCCAACACAUCCCACCACUUCCCAGCACAUUCCAGCACAUCCCACUACAUCCCAGAACAGUCCAGCACAUCCCAGCACAUCCCAGCACAGUCCAGCACAUCCCAGCACAUCCCAGCACAGUCCCAGCACAUCCCAGCACAGUCCCAGCACAUCCCAGCACAGCCCAGCACAUUCCAGCACAUCCCGACACAUCACAGCACAUCCCAGCACAUCCCAGCACAUUCUAACACAGUCCCAGCACAUCCCAGCACAUCCCAGCACAGUUCCAGCACAUCCCAGCACAUUCCAGCACAUUCCAGCACAUCCCAGCACAUCCCAGCACAUCCCAGCACAUUCCAGCACAUCCCAGCACAUCCCAGCACACACAUCCCAGCACAGCCCAGCACAUUCCAGCACAUCCCAGCACAUCCCAGCACAUCUCAGCACAUUCCAGCACAUCCCAGCACAUCCCAAUACAUCCCAACACAUCCUAGCACAUCCCAGCACAGUCCAACAUAUCCCAGCACAUCCCAGCAUAGCCCAAUACAUCCCAGCACAUCCCAGCACAUCCCAGCACAUUCCAACACAGUCCCAGCACAUCCCAGCACAGCCCAGCACAUCCCAGCACAGCCCAACACAUCCCAGCACUUCCUAGCACAUCCCAACAUAUCCCAGCACAUCCCAACACAUCCCAGCACAUCCCAGCACAGUCCAGCACAUCCCACCACAUCCCAGUACAGCCCAACAUAUCCCAGCACAUCCCAGCACAUUCCAACACAGUCCCAGCACAUCCCAGCACAUCCCAGCACAGCCCAGCACAGCCCAGCACAUUCCAACACAGUCCCAGCACAUCCCAGCACAGCCCAAUACAUCCCAACACAUCCUAGCACAUCCCAGCACAUCCCAGCACAUUCCAGCACAUCCCAGCACAUUCCAGCACAUCCCAGCACAGCCCAGCACAGUCCAGCAUAUCCCAGCACAUCCCAGCACAUCCCAGCACAGCCCAACACAUCCCAGCACUUUUUAGCACAUCCCAACAUAUCCCAGCACAUCCCAGCACAGCCCAGCACAUCUCAGCACAGUCCCAGCACAUCCCAGCACAUCCCAACACAGUCCCAGCACAUCCCAGCACAUCCCAGCACAUUCCAACACAGUCCCAGCACAUCCCAGCACAUCCCAGCACAGCCCAGCACAGCGGCCCCAACCAGUUAA